UAAUUUGCUACAAAGAUCCAGUGGUUUUGCAGCAGUCGUGGCGCACCGCGGUUGCAAGAGGCGCGGGAGCCACCGACGCUACCACCAAGAAGGACGACGCCAACGAGCGCGCGCAGCAUGCGUAGAGCCGCGCAGGUCCUUCCGUCUCUCUCGCCUCCUAUAGUCUGUAGUAUAAUAAAACCGGAGAUUCGAUUUACGAGGACAUGGCCCGCCUCACGUGGCGUAGGACACGACGGAAGAUCGCCGCCGCGUCUGUGUUCCCAGGAAAGGCAAUGAUCCUUCGCGCUUUGCACACGUCAACCAGGAGACGAGAUACGCGACCUUGCGCCUACAACUCUGUGCUUCGGCCGACUCCAUCGCGCUUGGACGCGCAUAAAACACCCAAUCGAGUGGCAAGAUCUCGGGCAAGUGUCAUCCCCCACAAUUGAUGAUGCAAAUCCAGUCGCCAUUUCUCGCCCGCUGGGUGGCUGUCUCCUGGUCAGUUGCCAGACUGGUAGGAAUGCGGGGCGGAGAGCCCAAAUGGCACCAGACCGCGCUCUCGGAGCUCAAGGACGGACUUCUGGUUUGGUCAUCGUGCUACUACGGCAACUCAGACUGCGUUUUUCGACUCCAGGCUGCCUUUGCCGGAAUCCGGAGAGGAGGGUUGCGUGGUUUUAGACAUACACGAAUCAAGUGGUAUGGAUUGGUUGGGGCGCGUCGUUUCAUUGGUCGGUUUGGUUGGAGUCCUAAAGUCCAAUUUGCCGAGAUGUCCAAGCCGUCGUUCGCUGCGCCAGUGCCCCAGAGCGCCCUGCUCUCGAAGCUCCAGGCGUUCCUGCCCCAAAUGGAGAAGCAGAACGAGAUCCUCGCCAAGGAUCUCGCGACGGGCCAAGCGACCAAAUACAACAUUGAAGUCGCCGAGGAAGACCCGGAGAAGCAAGUCAUCGAGAUGAACUUUGCCUUGAGCAUUCUCAACGAAGAUUCGGACAGCGACGAUAGCAGCGACGACGACGAACGCGAGAUCCAGCUCAAGCCGUCGGCCGCUGCGCCGCGUGACAUUCGUAUCACAGCACCGACGAGCAAGCCGUCGCCGCUCAUCCAAGAACUAAGUUAAUUGACCACUACCACUCCUGUAUACAUACAUCGGAGGAAACAUCCUCAUGAGAAUGCACCUGUGCCAGUUCGCAUGGCAUCCCAGGGCUGGUGUGUGCCACUAGCUCUG